AUGACGGCGACGACGCGAACGACGGCCGCGAUCGCGUCGGGCGCGGCCGCGGCGGCCGCGCGCGCGCGCCGCGCGUCGCCGGCGCGACGCGUCGCGCGUCCGACGAGCACGAGCACGAGCGGGAGCUGUCGAGAUCGCGUCGACGUCCGAUCCCGAACGCGACGCGCCGCGUCGUCGUCGACCGACGACGCGCGCGACCGCGACGCCAACCCGGUCGGGUUCCAGUCCAUCGCGGACGACGACCGCGACGGCGGCGUCGUCCCGAAAGCGGUCCAGGACGACUACCGCAAGGUGGAAGACCCGGAGUGGCUGGAGCGCAUGCUCCUUCGAGAGGAGACGGAGUACCCGACGUCUCGAGGCGCGGUGUUGCGACAGGCGCUCGUCAACGGGGACGUGAAGGGGGUGUCGUACGCGAUGUCCAGCGUGAAGGUGGCCGCGGCGUGUUUCGCGGGCGCGUACGUGUGCUUGGCCGCCGCGGGCGCGGGCGCGGAGGAAGGGAGCGUCAUCGCGGUGAUCGGGAGCGGAUGGAAAUGGUUCGCCGCGUGCGGCGUCGCGUCGGCGGCGACGGAGCUGAUUCGCGUGCUCGAGAUGGUCUUAGGCGUGGAGGGGCGACGGAAGAUGUAG